GUUUCUUCCUCACCUCUCUCUCUCCCACAUAACCUUCCCUCACGUUCUCUUUUCACCUCUCUCUUUCAUUUUAUAUUUAUCAUCAUUAUCUCAGUGAGAUCUCUCGCCGGGAAAAAAACUCUCCCGGCGAACUAGCUAAACGCCCGGUGUUGUCACCCUCUUACGAAAAUAACACAGGAGGAGAAGAACUCUAAAGCUACUAAGAUGGAGUCAGAGUUUCAGCAACACCACUUCCUUCUCCACGAUCACCAGCACCAGAGACCGCCGAGAGCCUCCGGUUUAGUUCGGUACCAGUCAGCUCCGAGCUCGUACUUCUCGAGCUUCGGAGAAUCCAUCGAAGAGUUCUUGGAUCGACCGACAAGCCCCGAGACGGAGAGGAUCUUGUCUGGCUUCUUGCAGACCACCGACACGAGCAACAACGUCGACAGCUUCCUCCACCACACCUUCUCCGAGACGGAGAAUAAGCCUCCGGAGGUGAAGACAGAGGAGGAGACGGUGGUUGAUGAUAUUCCGGCGAUGGAGGUCGGUGAGAUGGCUCCUCCUGUUUCGACUGGGUAUGCUUCGGUGGUGAGGAGUUUAGGUCAGAACAAGAGACCAAGAGAUGACCGGACUCCGGCGAGUAAUCUCGCUCGGCAUAACAGCUCACCGGCGGGGUUAUUCUCAUCCAUAGACGUGGAGACAGCAUAUGCAGCUGUAAUGAAAAACAUGGGAGGUUUUGGAGUGAUGAACAUGAGUAAUAAUAGUACUGAAGCUUCAUCUCUUACUCCAAGAAGCAAGCUUCCUCCUCCUUCCAUGGGCUCAAUCCCUGAGAUUGAUGAUGUCAAACCCGUUUUCUCCUCGAGGUUGCCUCCUAGGACGCUCUCUGGUGGGUUUAACCAAGGCUCUGCUUCGUCUAAGCGUAUGGCAAUUGCAAGGACACAAUCUGGUGGUUUAGAUCAGUACAAAACCAAGGAUGAAGAUUCGUCAGCUAGUAGACGUCCUCCUUUAGCGCAUCACAUGAGUUUGCCUAAGUCUUUGUCAGAUAUUGAGCAGUUGCUCUCAGAUUCUAUCCCUUGUAAGAUCAGAGCUAAACGUGGCUGCGCUACUCAUCCUAGGAGCAUUGCUGAGCGAGUGAGAAGAACAAAGAUUAGUGAAAGAAUGAGGAAGCUGCAAGAUCUUGUUCCAAACAUGGACACGCAAACAAACACAGCAGAUAUGUUGGAUCUUGCGGUUCAGUACAUCAAGGACCUGCAAGAACAAGUCAAGGGGCUGGAAGAGAGCCGGGCAAGAUGUAGAUGCUCUUGUGCGUGAAACUAGAAGCCGAAGUAUGCGCUUGUGAGUGCCAGGGAGGGAUUUGUGCAUAGAAGUAUGGGUUCGGUCUUUGGUGAGAGUCGAACAUAGCGAAGUAGAGAAGAGAUCAUGAACAGAGCUAUAACUUUGGUGGCUGAUGGACAAAAGGGUUUGUAAGCGUUGGAACCCUUUUUUGGUUGGGGGGUAAAAGGAGAAGUAAAGUUCAUGUUAUGGUUCGAACUCCAAAGCUAUUGUAUGUUGUUCUUACACCCAAAACUCAAUGAAAAAGCAGAAGAGAAGUGAUGUACUAGGAUGAGAAGCUUCUUUUAUUGUUAACUCAAUAAUAAUAAUUCAGGGUAAUUAUUUUACUUUC